UUCAUGUUGUUGAGAUGUGUUCACGCCUGUCGCGCGCACGUUCGACGGAUGCGAACGUAAAUAUUAAAAAAUGACUCCAUAGGUAUAAUUUUAUUUUUUACUUUCGUGAAGUGUUGUUUUGGUGACAAUUGUAAAGUGACGAAAAUAUUACAGACAACGUGUUGAAUAAACUGUGUUUUAAAGUGUUUAGUUUUGUUUUAAACCGAAGUUCGUGGUUUGUUCUGUUGUGACUAUAAAAUUGGAUUUAGUGACAUUUAUUGUAAAUAAUUAUAAAAAUUCAACAGCAAAAGAAACUGGGAUUGCUUAACUAUUAAUGGUGAAGAUAUGACCUUACGGCUUACGCAUUACGAAGGUCGGAAAUUUACUUCACGAUCAACGGUACUAAUGAAGCAAUCUGCAGGCGGAAUAUUGAACUAGCAGCCACUCAAACCGCCUUUAAGUGCAAUAAAACAACACGCCCUAACCAAAGACAGGCUGCGAGCAAUACCAAACUUUAUAACCAAAACAAAAGGAAGAUAAUUCUAUCACGCAAAUACGCAAUCAAAUGGCUCUAUUCGGAAUUGGAAAGACAAUCCAAGCGAUAUGUCAAUUAAAGCCCAUUCACGAUUGUAAUCAAUUGCGACACUCGAAGACCAAACAACUCCACGACGAAGUUUUAUAUCAAACUUGAUAAGCUAUUUAAUUUCGAUUCGAAGGGGACAAAUCGUAUAAUUUCGAAGGCCGAACCUGAUGUAUGGUAACACCAAGGCAAUUAUAAUCGCCCAAGCCAGGGACUCGUAUGGCGGCUCCAAAUAACUCGCACUAUCCACGGCCUAGCUUUGUUACUUUAUCUUCGUGUCUUCUCACACUCGUAUCUUUAGUAUCGCAAGCAGACUUGGCGUUCGCCUCAUUCGAUUUCAAUUCAACUUUAUCAGGAGUCAACAUUAGCAAUCCCAAUUCGACGCUCAAUUGGUCCUUCUACGAAAACAACGCGACUGUCGUGAAUCACUCGCACAUAAAACAUUCUAAGUAUUCGACCCUAGUUACAGUCCUUUUGGCGGCAAUUUUUAUGAUCGUCAUUUUUACAACCAUAGUUGGCAAUAUUUUAGUUUGCGUCGCCGUUUGCUUAGUCAGAAAACUGAGAAGACCGAGUAAUUACUUGAUCGUUUCUUUAGCAGUAAGCGAUCUUUGUGUUGCUAUUAUGGUAAUGCCGGUAGCGAUGGUUUAUGAUUUAAUGGGUUCGUGGCCUUUUGGACCUGUAAUUUGCGAUUUCUGGGUGUCUAGUGACGUCUUAUCGUGCGCAGCGAGCAUCCUCAAUCUUUGUAUGAUAUCUGUAGACCGUUAUUAUGCUAUUACUAAGCCUUUAGAAUAUGGGGUAAAAAGAACGCCUAGAAGAAUGCUUUUCUGUGUUUUCAUUGUAUGGAUGAGUGCAGCUUUUAUUUCGCUUCCACCAGUUUUAAUAUUAGGUAAUGAGAAAACGGAGACUUCGUGCUCAGUUUCACAGAAUCAGGGUUAUCAGAUUUACGCUACAUUUGGUUCAUUUUAUUUGCCUCUCACCGUAAUGGUAGUUGUUUACUACAAGAUAUUUAGUGCUGCUAGAAAAAUUGUAAAAGAUGAAAAACGAGCGCAGUCUCAUUUAGAAACACAUUGUUAUUUGGAAAUCAAUGUAAAGAAUGGCGGAGCGACAGAAGCUAAACUUCUGGGAAGUCAACCAACGCAAAAUCCUACGCGUGGCUCGACGGCCAGCACAAAUACAACUUGUAGUAUGGAUAAAGCAGAGAACACCAUAGGAAGGUGUUUUUCGAGUCGGAAAUCGAACGAAUCACAAUGUCCUAUGUUGCAACCACCAAAGACGCCAACCAAACCAAUACACACGAUAAACCGGCCAGGCCAAAGAGACUCAACGCCAGAAAAUAAAGAGCAAAGCACGGAAAACAAACGAAGACAGUCCAAUGAAAACAAUCAGAAAUUAAGUACCAGUAGAAUUCGCUCGUCAUUAUCAACAUUUGCUCAAAAGAGUCACAUUGCGAAGGAUCUUUUGCAUCCAACUCAUUCUCCGCAUCAGAAGAAACUGCGUUUUCAUCUUGCGAAGGAACGCAAGGCGUCCACUACACUCGGCAUCAUUAUGUCUGCCUUCAUUAUAUGCUGGCUACCUUUCUUCGUGCUUGCCUUAAUAAGGCCGUUUGUGAACGAAGAUACGAUCCCGGACGCAGUGAGUGCUCUCUUCCUGUGGCUCGGCUACAUAAAUAGUCUUCUUAAUCCUGUCAUUUAUGCGACUUUAAAUAGAGACUUUAGAAAGCCGUUUCAAGAAAUUCUCUUCUUUAGAUGUUCUAACUUGAACCAUAUGAUGCGAGAAGAAUUCUAUCAUAGCCAGUACGGUGGUCCAGAGCCACAUUACUGUGUAAAUAAUUCGUCUAAAAUCCAAAACUACGAUGAAGGCGUCGAAAUAGUUUCGGCUGUUGACAGGGAAGAAACGCGCGCUACGGAGAGCUUUCUAUGAUUGUCAAUACCCCAGGUCGAUCCCAAAGACCUAGAUACUGUGAUCUAAUUAAGACUAAGUAAAGGUGUAGUGUUUACUUUAAAAUUUUAAGCGUUAAGUAUUAUAAACGUUGUACCAAUCAAACUAGUCGCAGUACGAGUGUGUACUGAUUUCUUUUGUAACAUAAGUCAUGUAGAUUUAAUAUCAGUGGACGGGGUAUCGCUUGACCAAAGAGUCGUAGCUGAUUGGAGAGAUUUUGUAAAGUUGUGAAUAUUUCAUAUUUAAUUAGUUCUAAGUUAUGUGACUGUGUAGUGAGUUAAUUAUGUAAUACAUGUGAUAGUAGAUAGUAGAUUUGUUCUGUUUGUCCGUUCAGAGUAUAUUUUGUUGUAACCCUAACCUCAUUCUAAUUCUGGUAGUUUACUUUGUAAGUCGUGGAGGAACGUCGCAUCACAUGAACUUAAUGCGAACUUUGAAUUUAAUUAGAAAUACCAAACUAUGAUGUGAUAGUACUAACAAGAACGCCGGUGCGCCUCUAUAUUAUUAUUGAAGUAACAUGCAAGCUAUGGAAAUGUUACGUCCAUACAGUUUUAUUCAGUCUUAUCGAACGCAGAGAAUUUAUACAAAACUGUAUCAAAUAUAGGAUUUUAUUUAUGUAGAACAAAUGUACCAUAGAUAAAUAUAAUGGAUAAUGUGUUUCUAUGUUUUUUUAAUCAAUUCGAAAGGUACUAAUAUUUUAGAAUUAGGUAAUUCGAUUUUUAUAAUUCACACAACAUUUAUAUUAUUGUAUCAUCAAUAAAAUAUAAGUUACUUUGUAUACGUAUGUAAUAAUGGUUUUGAUAUUCCAUUAAAAGUCAGUAUUGUAAAUAUUGUUCAUAUUGCGCGUAAGUAGAUGAUAAAAAUAAUAUUAUAAGUAUAUAUUAUAAUGUGGACAUAACAGAUACCGUGGGGAAACUACGCUUGAUAAUGAAAAAUAAUUUGACAAUUCAAUUUGAUGUAUUAAUUAUAACGAAGUAAAUAUAUCGAAAGGUGUAGUUUCUUUCCAUAGAUAUUGAAUAUCGUGUGACUAUUAGAAUUUUUUAAACUCGUUUCGUCAUGUGUAAAUUUCUAUAGUUAGCGUUUUAUAAAAUGCCGAAUUCUGCCGUAAAUUUUAUAUUAAGGGAUGAAUGUUUAGGAAAUAAUUUCAUCGUUUAGCGAAUAAUUUUUGGUCACAAGACUUAUCCUAAUGCACUUAGAAAAGUGCACUCUACACAUGAACUUUAAUUACAAUUAUUUAUAGAACUAGUGAAACAUCGUUUAUUACAGAUUAUUUAAAAUGUCAAUAUGAUUUUUGUGCAAUAAACCCUUUAAUUGUAAUGUAAAUAACUAUACCUAAGAUGUAAAGUACAAAAUACUGUUUUAUUUGUACAUUUGUUACCUCGUAGCUCAAGACUCAUUUUGUACCAGUUUCAAUUGACCAUUUUGUUUUUUUUUAUCACACAUAUUUACUUCUAAGAGCUAGCGCGCAAGAGCAACUUUUGUCUCCGCAACUAUUUUGUCUCUCCCAUUAACUCCAUGGGCUAGUAAGAAAGUGCGUGCACAUAGCAACGCAACUUCCUAUAGAGUUGAUGGGGGAGACAAAAUAGUUGCGGAGACAAAAGUUGCUCUUGGGCGCUAGCUCUUAAAUAAAUGUUUAGUCCUGUUAUACGAAAGCGGGGUCCAACAAAAUAUUGUAAAAGCAUUUCACACGUGUAUAAACCAGUCAAACAGAAAAUAUGUGGAAUGUUACUCUUGCUUUCUAAAACGUUCUUAAAUAUAUCAUCUUCAAGCGAUGUGUUGGAAAUAAAACUGUUUACCGACUUUUAACGUUUUGUUAAUAAUUUUUAAAUAAUGCUUAUUUUGCUGGCACAAUCAUGUUUCUCUUUAUUUUCUUUUAAAUAUAAUACAUUUCAAAUAAUAUUGUUAACAUCUAUAAUCACUGAUU